GCAGAGAUGGGCUCAGUGACCUCAGCUUUCACCAGGUCGCGCAACACGUUGGUCAAAGUUGGUUCGGAACCACAGAAAGAGUCGGACGGGAAACAGCGGACCGCCUCCGGUGUGAUAUCAAGGCAAACUAGCAAACAGCUGCUGUCUGAGGCGCUGAAAACAACCGGGACCUUCAAAUCGACGACAACACAACUUCCAGUGGCUAAUGAGUAUGGUGAACCCAACUUCAGGCCACUUGCGAGAUUUGCAAGCUCAAAGGCUCAAAGUGGACUGUGGAACACUCUCACAGCUGGGACGAGGAGUAAGGAAAAAUUCAAAGUUCAGAGGGAUGUUCCAGAUGAUCCACACAGAAUAGAAGAGAUCCUAGCAGAUGAGCUUCCGUUUGCAGACGUGCCAGAAGCAACAGAGAAAGCUGCUGUCAGAUUACGAUGUUUGGUGAAACAGUUGGAGAGGGGAGAGGCGUCUCUCGUAGAUCUAAAGAAAAACCUGGAAUACGCUGCCUCUGUUCUGGAAUCAGUCUAUAUUGAAGAAACAAGGCGAUUGGUCGAUACAGAGGAUGAGCUCAGUGACAUCCAGUCAGAUUCGGUGCCGUCAGAAGUCCGUGAUUGGCUGGCCUCCACCUUCACGCGGCAGAUGGGGCUGAUGCUGCGACGAACAGAGGAGAAGCCGCGUUUCCGCUGCAUUGUACAUGCAGUACAGGCUGGGAUAUUUGUGGAGAGAAUGUACCGGCGAACUUCAAACAUGGUGGGACUGUGUUACCCUCCCUCUGUCAUAGCAGUGCUUAAGAAUGUGGAUAAGUGGUCUUUUGAUGUAUUUGCUCUGAACGAUGCGAGCGGCGAGCACGCGCUCAAAUUCAUCUUUUACGAGCUCCUCACCAGAUACGACCUCAUCACUCGCUUCAAGAUCCCCAUCUCAGCGCUGGUCUCGUUUGUGGAGGCUCUGGAAGUAGGUUACAAUAAACAUAAAAACCCUUACCACAACCUGAUACAUGCAGCUGACGUCACACAGACGGUGCACUACCUGCUUCUCAAGACAGGGAUGGUGCACUGGCUGACGGAGCUGGAGAUUUUUGCGAUGCUUUUUGCUGCUGCCGUUCAUGAUUAUGAGCACACAGGGACCACAAACAACUUCCACAUCCAGACCAGGUCAGACACAGCUAUCCUGUACAAUGACCGCUCUGUGCUGGAGAGUCACCACGUCAGCGCGGCCUAUCGACUGCUGCAGGAUGACGAUGAGAUGAACAUCCUGUACAACCUCUCCAAAGAUGACUGGAGAGAGCUCAGGGCUCUGGUGGUGGAGAUGGUUUUGGCCACCGACAUGUCCUGCCACUUCCAGCAGGUCAAAGCCAUGAAGAACUUCCUUCAACAACCCGAGGGAAUUGACAAACCCAAGGCUUUGUCUCUGCUGUUACACACGGCUGACAUCAGUCAUCCAGCUAAACACUGGGAUCUGCAUCACCGCUGGACUACAUCACUGCUGGAGGAGUUUUUCAGACAGGGCGAUAAAGAGGCAGAACUCGGUCUGCCUUUCUCACCUCUGUGUGACCGCAAGUCCACUAUGGUGGCCCAAUCUCAGAUCGGGUUCAUUGACUUCAUCGUUGUCCCCACGUUUACGGUUCUAACGGACAUGACAGAGAAGAUCGUCACGCCACUGAUCGACGAGGCUUCAAACUCGGGCCCGGCUGGAUUCCGCAGUAUUACUGCAGGAGAUGCAAAGCGAAGCAGUGUGAACAGCUCAGGUUCUGAUGGUUCUCUGCUCACUGUGGACCUGAAGAACUUCAAGGCCAUCUGGAAUGAGGAGGUUUCUCAGAACAGAGAGCGCUGGAAGACACAGGCAACUAAAGAGAUGGAGGAGAAGGCCAGGCGAGAGAUGGAGGAGCAGCAGGAAGCAACAACAAAGAACCAGGUGCAAAAAAAAGACCCAGAGACAUCAGAACCGAAGCAGGACGGGAUGGGACAGGACAACCCAGAGACAGGGGGGAUAAAUGGACCUUCGGAAGAAAGCCCCCAUACUGACAAACUAGAUGCAGAUAAAGGAAACCAGAAAUUACACAACGGAGAGGUGUCUGGGGCAGAAUCAUCAGCAGAUGAAGAUGAGAUAACACUCAAAGAAACUAAAAAUGCCUAGAGUGAUGUACAGUGUUGUCUGGCAAUUAAACACAGAGCUGUUAUAACUUGCCCCAACUACUGUCCAAAGGACAAUGAUCAUUUCUAAAGGUACUCAGCGCCCUCUAGUGGAAAUGGCUAACGCUUACAUCACUUUGUGUUUUACCUUUAUUCUCUCCUAAACCUUCGCUGAGAUCUCCAGACUUUCAUAAGACUGAUCUUUGACAGUGAGAGGGCUAAAGGCAAUGCUUUUUACAGUCUUAAAUCUUUUGUUUUAAAGAAUCAGGCCACAACAUCAACUCUAAAAGAGCUGGUAAAUGACAAGCAUGCAUUAGCUGAAACAAUGUUGACAAAUUAGGAUUCUUUCUAAAACAACCUUCAUUUGUAAAUGCUUUUUAUGUUUAUCGGCAUGUGUAUAAGCCCAGCUGUGAUUCGUAUCUAAAUACAGCUUGUGUUAAACUCUAAAAAAUCAAUCAUCUCAGCUUGUACCAGGGAUCAAUAUUCAUCCAAAUCUGCUUUCUGGCUUGACAACACACUGUAGUGAUGUUUUGUUCAGCUGUUUUAAAUGCGCUUUACUUGAAACAGACUGAUGUAUUUCAGCAAACAUGCUCUGAUGGAAAGACUCUGAAAAUGUUAUCAAAGCCUCAUUUGCUAAUAGAGGUUGCGUAAAUGAAAUCCUGAAUGUGUAUAUAUACAGUUGAAGUUAGAAGUUUACAUACACUUAGGCUGAAGUCAUUAAAACUCAUUUUUUAACCACUCCACGGAUUUCAUAUUAGCAAACGAUAGUUUUGGAAAGUCGUUUAAGACAUCUACUUUGUGCAUGACAUGAGUAAUUUUUCCAACAAUUGUUUCAGACAGAUUGUUUCAUUUUUAAUUGACUAUAUCACAAUUCCAGUGGGUCAGAAGUUUACAUACACUAAGUUAACUGUGCCUUUAAUCAGCUUGGAAAAUUCCAGAAGAUCAUGUCAAGCCUUUAGACAAUUAGACAAUUAGCUUCUGAUAGGCUAAUUGGCUAAUUGGAGUCAAUUGGAGGUGUACCUGUGGAUGUAUUUUAAGGCCUACCUUCAAAUUCAGUGCCUCUUUGCUUAACAUCAUGGGAUAUUUAAAAGAAAUCAGCCAAGACCUCAGAAAAAAAAUAAAAAAAAUAAAAAAAAAAUGUGGACCUCCACAAGUCUGGUUCAUCCUUGUGAGCAAUUUCCAAAUGCCUGAAGAAACCACAUUCAUCUGUACAAACAAAAGUACUCAAGUAUAAACAUCAUGGGACCAUGCAGCCAUAAUAACGCUCAGGAAGGAGACUCAUUCUGUCUCCUAGAGAUGAAUGUAGUUUGGUGUGAAAAGUGCAAAUCAAUCCCAGAACAACAGCAAAGGACCUUGUGAAGAUGCUGGAGGAAACAGGUAGACAAGUAUCUAUAUCCACAGUAAAACAAGUAAAACGGAUCCAAAACCGCCAUAAAAAAGCCGGACUACUGUUUGCAAGUGCACAUGGGGACAAAGGUCUUACUUUUUGGAGAAAUGUCCUCUGGUCUGAUGAAACUAAAAUGGAACUGUUUGGCCAUAAUGACCAUCGUUAUGUUUGGAGGAAAAAGGGUGAGGCUUGCAAGCCGAUGAUCACCAUCCCAACCAUGAAGCAUGGGGGUGGCAGCAUCAUGUUGUGGGGGUGCUUUGCUGCAGGAGGGACUGGUGCACUUCAUUAAAUAGAUGGCAUCAUGAGGAAGGAAAAUGAUGUGGAUAUAUUGAAGCAACAUCUAAAGACAUCAGCCAGGAAGUUAAAGCUUGGUUACAAAUGGGUCUUCCAAAUGGACAAUGACCCCAAGCAUACCUCCAAAGUUGUGGCAAAAUGGCUUAAGGACAACAAAGUCAAGGUAUUGGAGUGGCCAUCACAAAGCCCUGACCUCAAUCCAAUAGAAAAUUUGUGGGCAGAACUAAAAAGUAUGUGCGAGCAAGGAGGCCUGCAAACCUGACUCAGUUACACCAGUUCUGUCUAGAGGAAUGGGCCAAAAUUCCAGCAACUUAUUGUGAGAAGCUUGUGGAAGGCUACCCAAAAUGUUUGACCCAAGUUAAACAAUAUAAAGGCAAUGCUACCAAAUACUAACAAAGUGUAUGUAAACUUCUGACCCACUGGGAAUGUGAUGAAAGAAAUAAAAGCUGAAAUAAAUCAUUCUCUCCACUAUUAUUAUGACAUUUCACAUUCUUAAAAUAAAGUAGUGAUCCUAACUGACCUAAGACAGGGAAUGUUUUCUAUGAUUACAUGUCUUCCCCAUAAAAUGAGUUUAAAUGUAUUUGGCUAAGGUGUAUGUAAACUUCUGACUUAAACUGUAUAUUAUUAUUAUUGUAAAUUAAUGUCAUCAUUAGAUCCAAAAGCUGUAUGAAGUGGCAGUAUUUCUAAUCAAGCACAUCUUUGUACAGCUAUGAAGCAGAAAAAGCCUGACUUGACCUAAGAUUUUCCUUCCCGCUUACCUACAGAUGCCUUUCUUUACCUAGUCUUUCUGAAACUGAACAGAACUGAAAUGUCUUCUACAGGAAAACACUUAUAGAGAAACUAGCGGUCAAUAGACAACGUAACUCUUAUAAAAUCAGAACAUUGUAGCGUGCCGAUCAUAACCAUAUCACUGUGCUUUCUCCACAAUACCUUGAUAUCACAUGAAUUACAUCCUUUUUCUGAUUUCCUGGGAUUUAUGUGACAUGAGCACGAUAUAGCACUGUAUUUCAGCAUAUUCCAGUCUAUCUUAACUAUCUUGUCUGUUACGGUUACCUAAACUUUCCUGUUAUUCAGUCAAUUAAAAUGACAUUAUGGUGAAAGAUAUUAGGGUGAAUCUUAAACCUUUAAGAACAUGUAGAGGUCACAUUACACCACCCAAAAGAAAAGAGCAAGGAAUUAUAUUUUCCAUAAUGUAAAUUAAGCCUGUUUUAGGAGCAUUACGAUUUUUUGCAUUGUGACGUUAUUUUAAUCACAAUUAAGCAAAUUAUCCCCCGAAAUCGCAUGUUUUACUUUUGGUAAUUUUUACAGAAAUAAUUACUGCAAUUGAAUUAUUUCGGUAACACAAAAAAAUAGUAAUCCACUACAUAUAACUAAUUCUUUAUCUUAAAUUGUAAUCAGAUUACUUUACUAAUAACUUCACUGAAAAAUCAAUCACAUUACUAAGUUACUUUCUAAAACACUUUUCCGCUUAACAAAUUAAAAAUAAUGUUAUACACUCGGCACCUCUCAUUUCUCUUUCACAAUGACUCGUUAUAGGGCUAUAAUUCAUGUAUUCUACAUAAAUAAUAUAUUAGAAACAAGCAUAACCCUAUAAUGUACUUAAAAGUAAUUAAAUUAAUUGAAAGUCAGUAACUCUAAUCUGAUUACAAUAAUUUAAAAUGUAAUGCAUUACACAACUUUUACAGUUCGUUUACAGUAACUAAUUACUUUGUAAUUGGAUUACACCCAACACUGCACUUUAUGUUUAACACCGCAUUAUAUUAAUAAGAUUUAUUGUUUAGCUAGAAUUAGGAGGAAGUGAUCAUAAUAUUCAUAUGAAUAAUUUAACAUUGCAAAAUGUCUUAAUGUUCCUAAAAUAUGUUUUAUUUUCAUUAUGCAAAAUAUAACUUCUUAUUUAUUUUUCUUUGCACUUUGGAGUGAAAUGUGACCUGGAUGUAAAAUUCACCCAUUAAUAAAUAGUUUAAAAAUGUAACUAUGCUCUUUCAAUAUUAUGAUGAUUUUUUAAAUCUGUUGUGCUGUAAAUAUGGUUUCUCUGAUCUUUUUUUCUUUGUUGAAUGAGUCGGUGUGGAUGAGAUAUGCGACAGAUAUUGCAUUAAUUGAUUUUGUGUUUGUCUCAAGUUGCUCUCGCUGGAUGUAAUGUUCUGACAGUAUAAAGUGAGUCAUGUCCAGCUUCUAAAUUGUAUUUUUUUUUAUUAAUUUAUUGUGUGACUACAAAUCCUUUACAAUUCUUCCUCAUUCUACAUAUUACUGCCUCUCUACUGGCUUUGGUUUGUGUUUCAUGUAUAUUAUUUACCAGCAUUAUUAAUGUAUAUGUUUUUUUUUUCUAACCGACAAAAUUAAUAACAUUAUUUUCCCCCAUAAAAUAGAAGCAGACAAUAUGUAUUUCUAUUGGAAUGAAGCAAAUGGUCACUUUAUUGCAUUGGGUUACAUUAUAAUUUUUUGUUUGUUUACCUGUAAAGCUUCCUCUAGCUUCAGACUACAUAGACAAAGCAGUUUCAGGCGAUGGGACGGCUGAAUGUGACAGCUUGUGCAGAAUGAUGCUACAGCAUGUGUGCGCGUGAGUGAAUGUGUGCAUGUGUGUAUGAGUUGAUCGUGUUCACUUUGUAAAUGUUAACACUGUGAUCUAAAGUGUAAAGCCAUCCCCAUGAUGUCUGUUUUUGAGCAUGGCACAGAGAGAUACACGCUACUAUAUUCCUCUGCGUCUGCACAACUGUGAUUCACAAUAAACAUCAACUU